CCUUCUUACACUCGGAUUGUCAAAAUGGCUUGACUAGCGUGAUUUAAAACCUAUUGCAUUUGGUUAGAUAAUUUGUGUAAAAAUUUAAUAUUGUAGAUAAACUUUGCCUACAAGUAUCCCCGAGUAACUUAGGGUUGGUUUGCAACUGCUUUUAAAAAGGGGGAAACUGUCAAAUAGAUCCUCGAACUUUCAUAAAAAGGUCAAUUAAGUCCUUCUAUAGGACGUUCUGUCCGGCCGUCGUGAUUUGGGGCAGUUCCCGGUGGAAUUUUUUGAUGAAAUUUUUUGAGCAUCUUAUUCACCAAGUCUAGUUUACUCAUACUAAAUUUUAGCUAAAAAUUCAAUCGGGAACACAUUCAAAUUAAUUCUUGAAGAUAACUGCGCAUUUUUGCGUUCUCGAAUUAAUUUGAGUGCGCUCCCGAUUAAAUUUUUAGCUGACAUUUGGUAUGAGUAAACUAGACUUGAUGAAUAAGAUGCUCAAAAAUUUCCUCAAAAAAUUCCACCGGGAACCGCCCCAAAUCGUGACGACCGGACAGAGUCUCCUAUAGAAGGACUUAAUUGACUUUUUUAUGAAAGUUCGAGGACCUAUUUGACAGUUUUCUCUUUAAAAAAGCACUUCUCAACUUUUGGCUUUAAAAAGGAACUUAUUUUCCCAAAUACUACAACUUUUAUUUUUCUCGGCUUCCGCGUCAAAAGUGCUUUUACUUUUUUUAUUACACAAAAAACACUUAUUUUACCAAACACUACCCACUUUUACUUUUCAAAAUCACUUUUUUCUCAAACACUAUCAACUUUUAUUUAAGGAGUGUUUGCAGUUGCAUUAAAAAAGCGCUUUUCAGCUUUUGACUUUAAAAAAGAGUCAAUUCCCUAAAUAGGACUAAAAAGUGGCAAAAUUGCACAAAUAGGACUACAUUUUUUAAAUUCCCUUAAUAGGACUAUUUAUGUGUGUGGCCAAAUAUACCCUUGUAACUUGUGAAAUGUUUUAAUUAAUAAUAAAAUCAUACAAAAAUAAUAAAAAUCGAAAAAAAAUACUAAAAAUCGUAAAAAGAUAAUAGAAAAUUAAUAAAAAUAUUUUUUUAAAAAAUUUUAAAAAAAUAUUUUAAAAAAAAAAAUAAAAAAUAAAAAUAAAUCGUAAAAUUAAAAAAAAAAAACAUUACCACCCCCAGCACCACCAGCUCCCAUCACCGGAGAAAAAUAUGCCAACAUUUUAAAUAAUGCCAUAAUGAUGGCAUAUUCAAUGAAAAUGUUGGCAUAUUGAAGAGUAAUUAUGCCAUCUUUUUGGCAUUUUCAGAAAAAGAUGGCAUUUUUUUACCAAAAGUGGAAGAAAUUUCACCAAUCGGAGGUGGUGGUGCUGGGAGGCGGCGGAUGGCGGUGGGAAAUGUAUCCAUAAUUUUUUUCAUUUUUUUAUGGGUUUUUACUAUUUUUUAUUAUUUUUUAAAAAAAAAUUAAAAAAAUAAAAAUUAAAUUUUUUAUUUUAUAAAUGUUUUAUAAAUUUUUUAUAAUUUUUUUUACGUUUUUUAAAUAUUUUUUACGUUUUUUAUGAUUUUAUUAUGAAUUAAAGCAUUUCAUUAUGAAUUAAUACUCUUAGGGGUAUUUAGGGUAGAAAAUCUAUGUUUAGUCCUAUUUAGGGAAUUUAAAAAGUAGUAGUCCUAUUUGUGCUUUUUAGGAACUCAUUAGUCCUAUUUAGGACAAUUUCCGUUUAAAAAAGCUGAAAAGAGUGUUUUCAAAUGACAGCUUCUGAUUAAAUUAAUCACUUAAAAGCUAAAAGCUGGAAGCAGGUGGAAGGGUGCUUUAAACUGCUUUUCACUUUUUUCUAUUACACAAGAAGUACUUAUUUUACCAAACACUACCAACUUUUACUUUUUUAGAAUCAUUUUUUUAUCAAACACUACCAACUUUUACUAUUAAGUACUUUAUCCAAAAUCACUUUAAAAAAUCACUUUUUUAAAGUAGAAGCAAUCACAAACACUUUCUUAAUCACUUCUCCCCAUUUCAUUAAAAAAAGCAAUUUUUUAAAAGCAGAAGCUGUUGCAAAUAGACCCUUACCAAGAUUUAGUGAUCAAUUAUUAAUUAGUAUAAAAUAGAAGAUCGUAUACAAAAAAUUUAUGGAACCCUAUAUGACUCCACUGUGGAAUCAUAUAGCUCAUGUGACCUCAGAUCAACCAUUCAUUUAUAUAGUGUAUUUGUACUCCAUAAUAGAUUACUCCAUUUCAUAAUCGAAUCAUGAAUGGUUGUGAUGAUGCCACAUGUGUUAACUCCUACUUAUUUCCUCCAUAACUUAAAAACCUUCCUACUUCAAAAGUAGGUAGAUUAAGAAUAGUGAAAGAUGAUAUGAAUUAUUGAGAGUAUGAUGGUAAGAUAGUGAAAUAAUUUGAUGGAAUGUAGGAUAAAUCCAAAAACAUUAGGAGCCCGUUUGGUAGCACGAAAAUCGGCUGUUUUGGCUGUUUCUGCUGAAAUUUAUGAAGUUCUGGCUGAAGUGGCUGUUUUGUCUGAUUCUGCUGAUUCUAGAAAAAAAUAUUUUAAAAAUAUAUUUUAUUAAUAAAAUAAAGAAAAAAUUACAUGUAAAAAUAGCUAAAAUGGUCAUCUACAGUAACUUCAGCCAAUACAACCAGAAAAGUAACUUCAACCUUACUUUUUCUGCUUAUUACACAAUUCAGCACGCGAAAGUAAAAAUUACGUGUUUGGUGAAAAAGCUGACUGAUAAGCCUGAUAAGCCGAAAAAAGGGGUCUCCAAACGGGCUCUAGUUGUAAUAGUGUAUUAUUUUCAGAAUUAUUAAAGAUAUGAUAGAAAGAUUUAGAGGUUGAAAGAUUUUUUGUUACGAAUGAAAAGGAAAGUGGAGAGAUUUUUUUGGAGGAAUGGUUCCAAAUAGGACCAAAAUAAAGCUAUUGUAACUAAAUAGGACUUGGAUCUUUUUUAUACUUAAAUACGACUAAAUUUUUCUCGGCACCCUAAAUUACCCCUGCUGCCAAAGAACGAUUGAUGAGGGAAUCGUCUGCGCAUAGUCCGGUGAUGCACUUCACCGUUUUCCGAAGAUUUGAUUUUCUGAUCCGGCCUUUUUCAUCCUAGCCGGCCAGCUAGGCGGCGGCGACUUGCAGGUGAGUCUGAAUCCCCGUUGCGGAACCAGACAACAACCCGCGCGGCCCUCUUCUUCAAAUUCUUCUCGAUUGUGAUGCUUCUUAUUCUCUCAAUUCUCAAAGCAGUUAUGGUUCACUCUGGCUAAUCUGGAUUCAGGGUUUCAGGGUUUGUGGGUGGGCAAAGAGAGUUUCCGUAAAACCAGAGCCUCGAGAACAAAAACACGUAGUAUAAAAUUAUCCAUAUGAGAUAGAAGCUCACCCCAUUGUGGAUUUCUUUGUCAAUGUCAUAUACAAUAAAUAAUAUUAAUGUGAAGACAAAAUUGUAAGUAA